UCGGUCGUCACAUGUUCUCCAACAUGUCUGUCAUGUCUCGUGUUAUAGAUGGAGAAGUCAAAUGUCUCCUCAAACAUGGCGGUCGAGACUAUUGCAUGCACGACCGAAGACCUGUAUGAAGAUAUAUCGAACGUCAUAGCAAGAGACGGCGCUCACAAGCAGUGCGUUCGCAGUCCUGGGACAGGGGUGACAGAUAACGAUACCAACCAAGAAAAGACGUUGCAAAUGGAAUCAGAGGAAAUGUUGGCAUUCAUUUGCGUGGCUGCAAAUGAGGACGCGGAUAACGGCGAGGGGACAGGCAACGAAGACACUUCGAUGUGCACGGUUAUCAGUGACUGUAUCACCAAGACUGAACGAGGAACGCAAUUCCUCUACGAUAUCAACUGGGAGCCCGACAAGGUGCAGCCAGGCUUGAACGGGGGCAAGCACUGCCUCGCCUUUAAGAGCGGUGAAACAUGGGUCCCUUAUCCUCCGCCUAAAUUGGCCACAUGGAGCUACAUCAUGGCAGCCAUUAUUUUCGACCGAUUGACAAGGCUGAAUGACGGCGUCGCGCUUCCACAUCUGAUCAAAUGCACGCAUGUCCUUUGGGAGGCACUGAUAGAAAAUGGAGGGUUACGACUGAAUGAUUUAUUUUACGAUCGUGAGGACUGCUCCCAACAAUGGGUGGUUUCUGACAGCACACGAGUUUGGGAUGGAGUAUGCAACGACAAUGAUGCAAGGCGGGAUGCGUGGUGGGGUUGGGUGCCGUCAACCAUUCCUUGUGAAUAUGGGGAGAUAAAGAUGCUUGUCCGCGAUCUAAAUGGGAACUGUUGGAGUACAGUUUAUAUAGAUGGCGAGUUCUCGUCUCAUUAUUUGGAGUAUGAGAUGGCGGAGUCCUUUGAUGUCGCGGCAGGGGAACCCCUAAUCCCACUGCAGAACCCCGUGUUUUCGCCAAUUGUAGAGGGGAAAGUUUUUUUGGGAGAGGACAAUAUUUGUCUGCGGCAGGGUGGUGGCGUUGGCGCAGACCCUUGUUCGGAUUUUCCUGAUAACUGUCUGAGCGUCAUUCGCCGCAGACACGGGCGGUCAACACUUCUUGGAUGGGUACCCGUUGUCUGUCCCAUGCGUUAUGCCAGCGGGGCAGACCUGUCCAUGGAGUUUAGAGAACCUCUGGGUGUUCCGUUUUUUGUGACAUACUCUGAUGGUUUGUUGCGGCACAUUGAGUACAUGGUAGCGGAGGACAUGAAGGGGAACGAUUAUAAUGCGGGGAGUAAAGAACCUCAGUUUGAAGAGACGGGACAACCGGCAUGUGAGGCAAACCAACCACCUGAAGACGCUCCCGGGGGAUGUGACGUUGAUGGACCGACUGCACACUCGGGUGCAGGACGUGCUGUUGUGGAGAAGAGCGCGCCAGUCACCGGCACGGUGUGCACAGAUGGUAGCAGGCGGACGGGGCAAGGAACAAAGCAGAAGGCGACAACCAAACGCGACAACGGGGGGACAACGACGGUAGCAGGGAAGGGGGGGUGGGGCAGCAAUGGUUGGUGGAAGAGGGAGAGGAAGGGGGAGGGGGCAGGGGGGGGCAGCAAUGGAUGGUGAGACAGGCGGGAAAAUUGAUGGGAGGCAAGGGCCGCCGAGGCGCAAUCGCCGACCCGGAGAGGCUGUUGUGGCGGAGAUGCGCCAACUGCA